UUAUUUUAAAUACGUCGACAAAUGGAAGGACACAACUCUCAAAUAAUUCUGUCGAGAACGCUUGAAUUUUGCAAUCAUAAUAUAAUCGACGGACCGAAAAGAUUUAAAAUGUCAUAUAUCAUAUUGAUAUAUUCAAUUUUAAUUUUCAUAAUAUGCGGAUACGGGGAAGCUAAUCAACAGAAAAGAUACAUCAACCCGCGAAACACUAUUAUAGGGGAACAUUUAUUAAAAAGACUAUCAAAACAAAAAUUUGGCGACAGAUUCAGACGUGGAACCUAUGGACCAUGUCGUUGGAUACAACAUGAACAAAAAUUGGACUGUAAAUUGAAGAACAUUCGUUCACUAGGUGGACUAAAAAAGAUUUCUAAAAAAUCUGCAAGAAUAUUGGAUUUAAGGCAUUGCAAAAUAUCAAACGCAGAAGAAUUAAUUGCGGGUUUCAAAGCUAUGCCAUAUUUGAAUCAAAUAUUACUGGACUUUAAUAAUAUUGAUAAAGUUCCGGAAACCAUGUUUUCGUACAACAGAAAAUUACGUAUCAUAAGUUUACAUGGAAAUCGUAUAAAGGCAAUUCCAGAAAAGCUUUUUUAUAGAAACGUCAAUUUGGAAAUGCUACGUCUAUCUCGGAAUGAACUCACAACUUUGCCUCCAAAGUUCUUAUUUCGCAACAGAAAGUUAACUACAAUUGAACUAUGGGAAAAUGAUAUCAAAACAAUACCGCCAAGACUGUUUUGGAACAACCGAUUAUUGCAGUAUGUCAGCUUCAGUUGGAACAAAAUCAGAAAUCUUCCGCCAACGCUAUUUCAACGUAACACUAGAUUGCAUACAGUAAAACUAUAUAACAAUCAAUUGCGGUGCAUCUCUUCACGGCAAUUUGAAAAGAAUUACAGUUUGAAGAAGGUGAAUUUAGGCGUAAAUCAACUAGUAUCCCUGCCUACUCAAGUAUUUUGGCACAACCCAAAGUUGGAAGAUGUGAGAAUAUGGUCGAAUAAAAUGAACUGUUUACCAACAGGAGUUUUUGAUUUCAACAGAGGAUUGAGUUACGUCAAUUUGCUCGGACAAUCAGAGAGAAAAGGCCAAUUGAAAUACUUGCAGCGAGUAUUCAGAAGUGAACAAGAAGUUAUUAAACUCAAAAAAUCUUUGGAUAGAAGUAACACUGAAUGGUGCGAAGACAAAAGACCGUACGGGCAAUGCUUCUGGGACCAAGAUAAAAAAAUUUUUAAUUGCGAAAGUGCACUUCUCACAUCAUUGGAUACGUUGCCUCUGCCGUGUGACGUAGCACAUCUAAACCUAGCUAACAACAGAUUGGAAAAUAUGAAAAAAUUGGAGUCGGUGUUUCAAACUAUGCCGGAUCUUAUCACAAUCACGUUGUCAGAAAACAAGUUAAAUACGACCUCAGGCGAACUUUUCCAUGAUCUUAGACGUUUGGAAUCGGUCGAUCUGAGUCGGAAUGAUUUAAAAACCAUACCGUGGAAUUUGUUCCAACGCUCAUAUCGUCUGCGUGAAGUCGACCUCAGUCAAAAUUCCAUCUCGGAAAUACAUCACACAGCGUUACGGUCCUCGAGGGGAUUAAGGAAAGUAAAUCUUGGUCACAACUUAUGUGAAGAUGUUCCACGAGAUUUCUUUGUCAACAAUCCACAUUUAAAAGAGGUUUAUAUAAACGACAAUAAAAUUCCAGGAUUGCCAGAUGACUUAUUCAAGGCAAACAACAAAAUAGAAAAAUUGGAUUUAAGUUCAAACAAUUUGGAAUAUAUUUCAGCUUUAGUUCUAAAAAGUACACUUCAACUAAGAGAAAUCAAUUUGAAAGAAAAUCGUCUUAUUGAAUUGGAAGAAGACUUGUUUCGAAAUUUACUUUAUUUACAAACUGUGGAUCUGAGCAACAACUAUAUUGAAUUUCUUCCCGAAGAUAUCUUUAAAGAAAAUGAAAAUUUGCGAAGAGUCUAUUUAAACGGAAAUCAACUUUACAAAGUUAAUCAGCAUUUAUUCGACAACAAUCCAUUUUUGAAUUUUGUUUCGCUCGAUGCAAAUUUUCUAGCAGAUGUUCCAGAAAAUAUGUUUAGUGAGAAUAAACAAUUAGAAGCCUUAGGACUUCAACAUAAUUGUAUUUCGACAUUACCAGAGAAUCUUCUGCAAAACACACCGAGACUUCGAGAAAUAAGCUUGCGAGGCAAUCCAACUUUACCUUGGGAUAUAAGAAGAGUUUUUGAGGGAAAGGAGGAAAUAAGUGAUUUACGGAAAAAAUUAAAACAUCUCGGUGAAGAACCGGAGGAAUCUUCUUGGCCAACAGAAGAAAGCGAGGAAAGACCAACUGCCUCGUUUGUGGAAAGAGAAACUGAAAAUGUCCGAGGAGGACGAAAAACAGGAAACAGAAAUCCUAAACAGACAAUAGAGGGAAAAUACAUUGGCCAUAUUCCUGUUGAAAAACUGCGCGAUGCACCUAAGCCAACAAAAGUAUCUGAUAAUCCGCAAGAGACAACAAAUUCUAUAGGAGCCGAAGAAGUUGAUUUUGUUAGGCCGGAAUACAGAAGAGAUGGUCCAGAUAAUUCGGAAGAAAAUAGCAGAAAGAGGAGAAGUCUGUACCAUCCAAAACACGAUAGAAGAAAAAGAGAAAUUGAAGUUUCCAGAGAUUUUGAAGGAAUGGUAAUGAAUGUUGACGAAGAAAGCCUUGAGGCAGUUUGUAUGAGAGUGUGGAAAAAGAACGGCCUGAUUUAAAAUCGGGGUUAUAUAUAUAUAUAUAUAUUUGCACUUACUGUUUAGGCAGGCUUUGAGUAAAAAUAUUAUAAAGUUGACAGGAAAAGUAUCUAAAUUUUGCUAUUCUUUAAUAGCUAUAUUUACACAAAUACCAGAGUUUGCGUGUUUUUGACAAUGUCGAAUUUAGAAUGUUUGAAAAUAUUCGUAACUGUGUGUUUCACUUAAACUAAUGUUCACUUAUUUGCAAUAUUU